CAGGCACGGGCAGCGACAUUCAGCUGUUCAAGGGUGGGGGCGGGGGCUGCCCAGUCUGUCUGUGAGAGUAAGUGUGCGGCUGCGGCAGAGAGGAAGGAGGGACACGCACGGUGCCGGGCCCGCUGUUCGCUCGUUCGCCGACGGACCGACCGACCUGAGAGCUGUCCAGUUUCGCUCUUGGUGUGUGUGUGAGUGCUCAGGAUGUGUCGGCGGUAAGAUUAGCAAGGCCUGGACUCGCACGCUCGGCUAGCCGGCGCCCCUCGUGACACGGACCCACCCUCCCGCCUGCCCGCCCGCCCUAGCGAUGGCCACCCCCGUCACCGUGCCAGAGUUCUACCGCAACCGCAGCCUCUUCAUCACCGGCGGCACCGGUUUCAUGGGCAAGGUGCUGCUCGAGAAGCUGCUGCGAUCAUGCCCGGACAUCAAGAACGUGUACCUGCUGAUGCGGCCCAAGAAGGGCCAGGACGUCGCCACCAGACUCACCCAGCUGCUCAACUCGCCUUUGUUCGACGCGGUGAGGGCCGAGCAGCCGCAGGCCGUGAACAAGGUGAUUCCCAUCUACGGGGACGUGACAGAACCUGAAUUGGGCAUCAGCCCCAGUGACCAGAAGGUGCUGAUAGACAAUGUCUCUGUUGUCUUUCACUCGGCGGCCACAGUCAAAUUCGACGAGGCCCUCAAGCUGUCGGUGACCAUCAACAUGCUGGGCACGAAGCAGCUGGUCGCCCUCUGCCACAGGAUGAUGUCACUCGAGGCUUUGGUGCACGUGUCUACCGCCUACUGCAACUGCGACCGAGAGCAGGUGAACGAGAUCAUCUACCCGCCUCCAUACGAUCCGGAGAAAAUAAUCCAGUGCAUGGACUGGAUGGACGAGGAGCUGGUCAACGUGAUCACGCCGCACCUGAUCGGCAAGCGGCCCAACACAUAUACGUUCACUAAGGCGCUGGCCGAGCACAUGCUUCUGAAGGAAAGCGGAAACCUGCCGGUCGCCAUUGUCAGACCCUCCAUAGUGUUGUCCGCAUAUCGGGAGCCGCUGCGCGGGUGGGUGGACGGCUGGAACGGCCCCACCGGCGUAAUCGCGGCCGCCGGCAAAGGCAUCUUCCGCACAAUGUUGUGCAAUGGCUCCAUGGUUGCCGACCUUGUGCCCGUCGACCUGGUCAUCAACCUUCUGGUCUGUGUCGCCUGGCACACGGCCACCACCAGACCGGAUGGGAUCAAAGUUUACAACUGCACGACCGGCAUGCAGCGGCCGAUCACGUGGAAGGACUUUGUAGGCAAUUGCUUCCACUACUUCCACAAGCACCCGCUCAGGGACACCAUUUGGUACCCUGACGGCACGUGCUCUACCAACUGGCUGCUCAACAUGGUCGGCGAGACCAUGAUGCACAUCAUUCCUGCCUACACCAUGGACGGGGUCAGCAAAAUGUGCGGACAGAAAGCCUAUAUGGUGCGGACGCACGAGAAACUGAAGAAGGCUGCCGAGUGCCUCGAGUAUUUCUCCACGCAUCAGUGGCAGUUUACGAACACGAACGUGGUGGCUCUGCAGGAUCGCCUUUGCAUCGAAGACAGAAGAGAGUUUUCGUUCGACGUCAAAGAAAUCCAAUGGCAGAGCUACAUCGAGAACUAUGUCCUUGGCAUCAGACGCUUUAUCUUCAAGGAUCCCCCAGACACCCUCUGCGCUGCCAGAAAGAAUCUUCAAUGGCUGUACUUGCUGCAUCGGUGCGUGCAGGUGCUGGGCGUGGUGCUCGCCUGGCGGCUCGUGAUGCUGCGUUCCUCAACCGCCAGGAGUGUGUGGCUGUCCCUGCUGGGCGUGUUGCUGCGGUUCGCCCGCAUGGUGCCCACGCACAUAUGAAGCUCCUGCUCUUCUCUCUAGUGAACACCCUCUCGCUGCUGCUGUCUCUCUCACACUCUCUCUUCGUGGACAUACACUCUCUCACUCACUCUCACUAAUUGCAUACAAACCGACGAUAUUUUCAGCAGAUCAGCACAACGUUUCGCCCUUUCGGAAGUAAUAAAACAACACCCCCCGAAUCUCGUAGUUUUCUCCCCCACUUUCUUUUCAGGGGGCGCGCCCCCCUCUUUUUUAUAGUCAAAUAGAAUUUUGCAAGUGAAGCGGCGAGGCCGGCGCAAGAUGCAUUUUUUGUCAGUCUCUGAUGAAACGAAAAUGUGAUUUUAGUGUUGUUUAACGUGUAAUAAUAAAUAGAGCAGACGAAAGAGGGAGGUGAUUGGAAAAAAAACACAAACAAACAGUGGCGGCCGCACGCGCUGACUCAAUACCCAAAGAUGUAAUCCCAAAGAUUUAUCUCAAGCACCAAUCAAUAACAGUAUAAUAAUGUAUUGCGUACGUAAUUAUAUAAUUUGUGUACAUGAAAAGACAUUGAAAGCAGAAACACAUUCUUCGUUCGACGAUUCCUACGCGCUAUGGGAAAAUUAAUAUAAUGAAAACGAUUAGCCAAAAAAAUUCCACUCCUUUUGCGGUGCAUCACAACAGUUACGAUUUAUUACAGUGGAUAUAAUUAGCGUCUAGGGUGUGCUUGUUACAUAACGCGAGGAAAAAUUAUUGUAAAUAAUAAAUCGCUAUUCGCGUCAAAGUUGGAGUCCAAAGCUGUCGACAAGAGGGGUCACCAGUUAUGCACUCAUUUCGGAUUUUAAUCUUUCUGCUGUGCGUUCCAGACACCAGUUAAUUAUUAAAGGCCUCCUAAUGGUGAAUUGUUUUGCCAGUUUGUGAUUAAAACAAAUUGUUGAGUUGGAAUUAAAUUAUUGCGGGGCUUAAAUUCCAACAAGCGUUUUCAAACUCACAUAAGUUCAACUGGGGGGGGGGGGGGCUUUAUAAUAUCUGGAAUUAUCAUUAUUUCUUUUUGGAUGCCAAGGAAAGUUUUAAUUAAAAUUAGUAAAUGGACAGUGUCGCCAUCUGUUGACAGCUUUGGACACAGACGCUGUACGCUAAAAUGAAAAAUAAAUCAAAUUCUUGAUUAUUUGCUGGGCCGAUUUUGGGUCCGCCUCGCUUGAUAACGCCGGAGCUUGUUUAUCGGAAUGAGCGGAAUAUAAAAAUGCUGUUUACUUGUAGCAGGAAGUAGACUCUGUAGAGUCAUUCACUCUCACGCACUCUUUAAAGCCCUUCUUGCUUCAGGCCGAAUAUUUGACCAUUUUUUCGCGGACACAGUGACAAGCGUGAUUGCUGCGAGAGUGCUUUUUAGUUAGUUUGAUUAAAAAGAACAGGAAGUGUGUGCUGCGCUCGAAAGUGUGUGAUUAUAAAUAGUUCCCACGUUUAGUAAAAAUUCGCUUUAUUAUUCGUACGCUUGUUUACAGUAAAUAAAAAUCAAAUUGUGUUAUCUCCCUGUUCUAUUAUAUUAUUCGUGAAUAAAUUUAUUUGAAUCAGUAUUAGACUCAAUUUAUGUUUGUUCGUUUCUGUUACGAUUAUUAUGCGUUAUUCUCUGUUACUAUUUGUGCUAAUUUAUUUAUUACAUCGUUACUUUGUUUUCCGUUGAGAUGAAAAUGUGAUUUUCUAUCUCAUCUUUUUCCAAACCACCCUCACAAUAAUGAAAGCGAAUGAAAAAGUAAUGAAUUUCCAUCCAUGCUUCAGUCAAGUUGCAGUAUACAUGCAGAUUUUUAUCAUGAAGUACACAUGUAAACAAUAAAAUUUCUCUUUUGAAUUACAAAA